GCUCGCUUCACACAUCGCUUCCGCGUGUUUAUGCUGAAGAGAGAACCGAGGAGAAACUAGUUUUUUUUUUCUCGCAUCGCAGAAACCCAAACUGAGCUCAAAACAGGAGGAAAAAUGGACAUGAAGAAGAGGGUAUCCUUAGAGCUGAGGCACCGGUCGCCCACAGAAGUCCAGGAGCUGGUUCUGGACAACUGUCGCUCUAGUGAAGGAAAGAUCGAAGGGAUCACGGAGGAGUUUUCAAACCUGGAGCUGCUCAGCCUCAUCAACGUCGGCCUGACCAGCGUCGCGGGAAUCCCCAAACUGGACAAACUCAAAAAGUUGGAGCUGAGUGACAACAGGAUAUCUGGAAGUCUGGAGGUGCUAGCGGAGCGUCUCGUUAGCCUAACGCACCUCAACCUCAGCGGGAACAAGUUCAAAGACAUCAGCACCCUGGAGCCCCUGAAAAAGUUGCCCCAGCUGAAGAGUCUCGACCUGUUCAACUGCGAGGUGACCAACCUGGCCGACUACAGGGAGUCCAUCUUCAAGCUCCUCCCCCAGCUCACCUACCUGGACGGCUACGACAUCAACUACCUGGAGGCGUCCGACUCAGACGGCGAAGGCGACGGGGUUGAGGACGAGGACGAGGAGGAGGGCGAGUCGGAGGACUUUGAGGAGGAGGAAGAGGAGGACGAGGAAGACGUAGUGGCCGAAGAGGAUGAUGAUGACGACGACAGUGGUGACGAUGAGGACGGAGAGGUGAAUGGAGACGUGGACAGCGAGGAAGAUGAAGACGACGAUGACGAGGACGAGGAUGAUGAUGAGGAUUCGUCUCCGGUCAAAGGAGAGAAGAGGAAGAGGGACCCUGAGGACGAGGAGGAUGAUGACGACGAUGAUUAAAAGCCCUCAGUGACCUCCCCCCUGCCCCCCCCCCCCACCCACCAACGCUGGCCUCGCUCCUCCUCCCCCCUCCGCUUCCAUCCCACCCUUUUCCUCCUCCUCCACUCGGUCGACUCCCGGGCUCCAUCCCAUCAGACCAAAGCGACGUCCGUUAACUUCCGAAAAGCGCCUCUUUAAUUUCAUCGUCAGCCUCCUCCGAACCCCGUUGCCAUAGUUACCUCCUCUCCGCCCCCCACCCCCCCACCCCCCCCCCCCCCCCCCCCGACACCGAAAACACCAGAACCGACCGGACCUUCCGACUCCGCCGCUUCAUUUGCCGCAGAAGAAAAAUGCGACCAGAUAAUAAAUACCACACUUGUAGUUUUAAUCUUUGAGUUCGGAUCCCGCCGCGUUUUUUUUUUUUUUUUUUUUUUUUUUUUUUUUUAUACAUCUUCAGAAAACCAGACUCGAAAGUAGGACUCGUUAUCUGCUGUAAGUGCAUCACCAGUCGUACGAAGCUAAAGGACGAAGAGUCGGCAACGACGUUAAUGAAGCUUUUUUGUGUGUGUGUGUGUGUGUGUGUGUGUCGAGUUUAGAUCUUCACGUAAUUAUCGUCACAAUCUCAACGAAGCGGGAUGAGGUUUUUUCGAACUCGUAGCCGGAGCUUCCCUCGUCUCCUGUCUGACAUCAUCAACUUGCGACCGUCUUUUAUUAUAUCGUAGCUCUUCGGUCGGACUCUGUCGGUGUCUUUUGAAGUGACCCCUCCCUCCCUCCCUCCCUUCCACCCUCCUUCGUUUGUUUUUGUUUUUCUCGCGGCCGAGCGCGCUCAGGGCAAACUGUGUUCUCUUUUCUUUUUGUUUUUUUUUUUUUUUUGGUUUAAAUUUUUUUGCCAACAGAGCUUUUUAAUCUAUUUUUUCAGAGGAAUUUUUUGUUUUUGUUUAAUUUUGUAUGACUGUCAAGGGACACACUCUCUCUCUCUCUCUCUCCGUCUUUCCCUCCACCUCUUCCUCUAUUCUCUCUCUAUUUCUUUCUUCUGCUCUGUGGAGAGAUGCAGUUGUUCCUUCACUCUUACACUGACUAGUUGAUGUUUUUUUUUCUUUAGGUUUUUUUUUUUUUACUUUCUAUAAGUUAAAUGAAAAUGGAAAAAAAAAACAUACAAAAAGGACUUUGUAAAUAAAAUCUUAACAUUUUG